CUGGUUUCGUGGUGAAUGCAGUGAUAAGAGGCGAGCUAGACGGGGUUUUAAUCUAGAUUGUCUUGAACUCUGCUUGCUAGGAUUUGUUUGGGUCUGGAGUCUCAAGGAAACGCUUUAUCGGAAGCGCGACACACACACACACACACACGCAGACAGUGCCUGUGCGCGGAAUGCUCAGCGACUGACCACCACACGCUGUUUGUCUUUAUUUUACAUUUUCUUUGGCGGCGACAGAGCAAAACAAACAAACAAAAAAAAAAAUACUGAGGACACCAGCCUCAGUGGAUAUGGCGGGUUCAAGCACGCUCGAUGUGUUUGUGGGGAUUGCUCUAGUUUUACACACUUUGGGAAGUGUUUUCCAGAUCACCCGAGGAGAAUUAACGGCGGAAGGAGCUGCUUAUUCAAUUCUUCAGGGAUGGUCACAGGACGAAGUUGUCACAGUGGAGCUUCUGAGAAGGAGACGUUGGCUUCUCCUGGAGCCGCUUCCAAUGGAAAGUAACAAAGCCAGUCAAGACAGCUUGAAGCCUGAGUCUCAGAAUUUGCCUGAAAUACUGGCUGAUGACGACACAGAUAACACCUCCCAAAUAAUGGAAGACACAGAUCAUAACUACUACACCUCAAAAACGUAUGGCCCCAGUGAUCCUAUGAGCAAAGAAUUAUGGGUAAAUAUCGAUCAGAUGAACAAGGAGAAGGUGAAGAUUCAUGGCAUCCUGUCUAAUACACACAGACAAGCAGCGCGGGUCAAUCUCUCCUUUGAUUUUCCAUUUUAUGGGCAUUUGUUGCGAGAGAUCACUGUUGCAACCGGCGGGUUCAUCUAUACAGGAGAUGUGGUUCACCGAAUGUUGACAGCUACACAAUAUAUCGCUCCACUUAUGGCAAAUUUUGACCCCAGCCUCUCCAGAAACUCAACUGUCAUCUAUUUUGACAAUGGAACUGCUUUGGUUGUCCAGUGGGAUCACGUCCAUCUCCAGGAUUCUUAUAAUCAAGGAAGUUUCACCUUCCAGGCCACAUUAUACAGCGAUGGGCGAAUUGUCUUUGCCUACAAAGAGGUCCCAGUGCAGAUAUCAAAGAUCAGCUCUGUCAAUCAUCCAGUGAAAAUUGGGCUUUCUGAUGCCUUUGUGGUGGUCCAUAAGAUUCAGCAGAUCCCCAAUGUGCGGAGGAAGACUAUCUAUGAGUAUCACAGAGUGGAGCUGUUAAAGACCAAAAUUACCAACAGUACAGCUGUAGAAAUAUUGCCGCUACCCACAUGUCUUCAAUUCACAAGCUGCACUUCUUGCUUAGCAUCACAGAUUAACUUCAACUGCAGCUGGUGUCAUCGGCUCAAUAGGUGUUCCAGCGGCUUUGAUCGCCAUCGGCAGGACUGGGUGGAUAAGAGUUGCCCAGAUGAGACAAAGGAUAACACCUGUGACAUCAUCAACACUACCAAUCUCAAUCUACUGACCACUGCGUCCACUGAUAACAUUACCACAAGGAACAGAGGGACUUCUCAGGGUCACUCUACUCAAGCCCCAUCGCACAUGCCGACCAGCAUACCAACAGAAGAUGACACCAAGAUUGCGCUACAUCUCAAAGACAAUGGAGCUGCUGCAGCAAAAAGCACAGCAGAGAACAGCACUCACCCCCUGCACAUGGGGCUGAUUCUUGGGAUGAUCCUGCUUCUGCUCGUGAUGGUGGCCAUCGUCCUGGUGACCGUCUACGUCUACCACCACCCGAGCUCAGCUGCGGGACUCUUCUUCAUUGAGAGACGUCCCAGCCGAUGGUCAGCGAUGAAAUUUCGCAGAGGUUCUGGUCAUCCAGCAUACGCAGAGGUAGAGCCUAUGGGUCAAGAAAAAGAAGGCUUUAUUGAAUCAGAGCAGUGCUGAGAUUUGACCUUUGACUUCUUAAGUCACACACAGCCCAGCAACCUUCUUGGUGUCUUGCUACAAAUCCACACAUCUCAAAUCAUUCCACCAACCCCUGUGAACACUGACGAAACUGAAAACAGUGAGGGUGUGGCGUUUGAAUGAAAGAGGCAUCCAUAAAAGGAAUGCUUGGAUCCAGCUUUUAACACUCCAAAAAAACAUCUACAUUCAGAGGAAACGUUCAGCCGCUUCUGCUCGGCUCCUGUCAUGACGUGGGGAGCAGCUCUGGAAACCUUGAUUGUACUGGAUGAGGCUUUGACUUUUCACCCCCAAAAUCCCCAUUGAACUGAAGGCGAAUUCUCUGAUUUGAUGUGCCUCUCAGAGAUUUUUCUUGUCUUGACAGUUUCUGAACUGCAUAUUCAUUAUAUAGACCUUUAUGUUUUAAAAUGGGUUUUUAUGGGGUUUUUUUUCAGAUUAUUUUUGCCAUAUUCGCUUAUGAUUUUAUCUCUUUGAUUCGAACUGAUGUUUUGGAGUAUGGUGGAUGACUUUCCACAGUUAUAGAUACUGUGUCUCUUCCUCUUGUUUGUAUACAAUUGGAAAAUGUUCUGUGAACAAAUGUGCCAACAGUAUUGAUUAAAAUUUUUCAUCCAUAUUCCAACCAUUUAGGCCAUUUUGCACAUAUCCACUUAAUGCACAUAUAUCGCUUUUUUCAAGUUUAAUUUUCCCUCAACUUAUGUUACUAAUGCAUAUUUACAAGACAGGCGCUUGUGAGAUUGCGUGUGUGCAUCUUUGUUUGGAUUUUUCUGUUGUUGUUUUUGUCGUUAUAUUGCGGUACACGAUCCCUUACACUGACAGUCCUUCCAUUGAGUUGUUAUAUCAUUUUCAAUAAAGAGCUCUCCCUCUGCUGUCAAGGUCAUCUCAGUCAAAGAUUAGUAGCAGUGGAAUUGGUUGACUGAUUUAGUUAUGGCACAUUUUAUUACCUUUAAAAAUGUAUCCUAAAGACAUUUUGAAUAUUGUGACCAAAGAACUGUCAUCAUUACACACAAACAGAAUAUAUGGAAUGAAAACAAUUUAAAAAAAAAGGCCUACUUGUUGAGAUGGACAGUAGUUGAUAUUUUUUGUCUUCUGUUUCAUUAUUUCAGCAAACCUAUGCAUUGGGGCAGUUCCUGAAAGUGUAUUUUCUUUUUCAAUGUCUUUUAGGCAUUUUUAAUAAUGCAUGCAAGGGAUAUUUUUCCUCCUCUUGUAUUAUCAUCAUAACAGGGUGGCUCACCAAAAAUCAAGGUCUAAAUUCUAUUUUUAUCAACUUUCUUCACUGGAAGACCUGAUUAUUUUCAGCAGAUGUAUGUUGUGUGUGUGUGUGUGUGUGUGUGUGUGUGUGUGUGUAAACACUAAAUCUGAAUGUAUAUGAGUGCACAUUAAUAUGGGGUCUGAAGUGGAUGUUUAUUUUGUGAAAUAAUCUCAAAGAAAAUGUUUGUUGAAGGAGAUCAAUGUCCUGUUCAGCAGUGAUGUCUGCAAUCAGAAUUCGAGGAAACAAACAUAAUUAUUAGCGACCUGCAUUUUUGAUAAUCAUAAUCAUCAUGUUGUGCCACACAUUGAGAGACAGUGAAAUGCACAAUGCUGUAAUCUGUGUAAUCUUGUGUUACUACUGUCAAUUUGAUUACAUAAUAAAAUUUGCUUAAAUAAUAAA